ACCACGCAUGCGCGGCAACGGUCGUACGGCGCGAAAAAGAUUAUAGAGACGUGCGUCCAAAAAUAUAGUUUAAAAAAUAAUAUUUUAAAUAAAAAAUAUAUAAUAGUGAUUGUGAUAUAAAUAAUAAAAAAUACAGUAAAUAUGAAGUACAAGGUUAAGGACAUAGACAAUGAGAGUCAACACUCCGCCAAGAUACCGUACACAGACAGCACACUGGAAGACAAGCUAGCUCGUACUGUGCGCUGUUCGUGGGUGGUGAUCGUAUCCCUGGGCUUGUCCCUGGCGGUGCUGGCGGUGUACACCACGGUCGUGGUGGUGGUAGAACUCAAAGCACCCAAACCCUGCCUCACUGAAGUGUGCGUCAAUACAGCGUCGAGAGUACUAGCAGCGUUAAACAAGAGCGUGGAUCCCUGCGACGACUUCUACGAGUUCGCUUGUGGCGGGUGGAUCGAGAAGAACCCUGUCCCGGAGUGGGCGACCUCCUGGGAUCAGCUCGCCAUCCUGCGGGAGAAACUGGUCACUGACCUCAGGGAACUGCUGGAAGACAAAAACGACCACGGCCUGCCUAAGAGCGUGCUUAAAGCUAAAGCCCUCUACCGCACUUGUAUGGAUGUUGACAAGCUAGAGGUGUACGGAACCGCGCCCAUCACGGAUCUGUUGCUACAACUAGGUCUUCCUCCAACGCCCCCUUCCGUGUCCAGUGAUAACUUCUCGUGGGAGCAGGUGUCUGGGCGCGCCCGCAGGACUCUCGGUCUCAGUGUUCUGCUGAGCGUUCAGGUCGCUGAGGAUGUGAGGAACACUAGCAGGAACAGGGUCGUGUUGGAGCAGGUAUCUCCAGGGUUCAGCGAUCGUUACCUGCGCCAGGCGGACAAGUUCUCGUUCGAGUUGGAGCAGUACCGGAUCUACAUCACGUCAAUGAUCAAAGCCUUCCAUCCCGACACGGACGCGGAACGCUUCGCCGACGACAUUAUAGAAUUCAGCAAGACUCUGGCUGGCAUCAUGACGCCGGUGGAGGUUCGUCGCAGCGGCACUCACCUGUUCCACGAGCUGAGUGUGAGUCAGCUGCUGGGAGGGAACGGAGCUCCUCCUGAAUGGCACCAGCACGACUGGCAGAAGUAUAUAGACCUGGUGUUCUCCAACACGAGCGUGUCUCUGACGGACGGCGACCGGGUCAUCGUGAUGGACCUGCCCUACCUGCACCGCCUGGCCGGCACGCUGGCUCGCACCGACCCACUCAUCACAGAGCGCUUCCUGUGGUGGAGCGUGUUCUCGACCGUGGCUCCGAUGACCCGCGCCAUAUUCCGGACCCUCGGGUUCGAGUUCAGCCGCGCGGCCUGGGGCCUGCGGGCCCGCGUCGACCGUCACAAGGCCUGCGCCGCCAACGUCAACGCCAACUACGGCCUCGCGCUCAGCUACCUCUACGUCAAUAAACACUUCGAUGAACACGAACGCGAAAAGGCCAUAGAAAUGAUCGAGGACGUCCGCGAGUCGUUCGCGGAGGCGGCUCGCUCCCUGCCCUGGAUGGACGACGGCACGCGGGACACGGCGCUGCACAAGCUGAGAGCCAUACGGACCUUCGUGGGCUUCCCCGCCUGGCUCAUGGACACACACAAGCUGGACCGACAUUACGAACACGUGGAGGUGGUAGAGGGGAACCUGUUCGAGUCAUACUUGAAGCUGACCUGGGCCACCGUCAAGAAGUCGCUGGAGUCUCUGAGAGAGACGCCGGACAGGAACAGGUGGGUCGCGACCGCCACCACAGUCAAUGCCUUCUAUUCAGCAACACUUAAUUCAGUCACAUUCCCGGCUGGCAUCUUACAACCACCUUUUUACGGAAAUGGAAUCGAGGCAAUAAACUACGGAUCCAUCGGAGCCAUCAUGGGACAUGAAGUGACACACGGCUUCGACGAUCAAGGUCGUCGGUACGAUUCAGACGGCAAUCUAGCGUCGUGGUGGUCACGGGAAACCCUGGAGCAGUACCAGGCGCGGGUGAGGUGCAUCGUGGAGCAAUACGACCAGUACGGCCUGCCGCAGCUGGCCGGGUAUAACGUGCACGGGUUCAACACGCAGGGGGAAAACAUCGCCGACAACGGGGGCCUUCGGGCCGCGCUCCGGGCUUACCGCAGGCACGAGGCGCGCGCCGGGCGGGCCGCCCUCCUGCCAGGCCUCCCGGGACACACUCCCACACAACUCUUCUUCCUCGGAUUCGCCCAGAUAUGGUGCGGGAACUCCACUACGGGGGCGCUGAAAUCGAAAAUGGUGGAAGGCGUCCACAGUCCUAACAAAAUAAGAGUCAUAGGGACCUUGAGCAAUUCCAAGGAGUUCUCAGAAGCUUGGAAAUGUCCUCUGGGGUCUCCCAUGAACCCAGAACACAAGUGCGUUUUGUGGUAAACAUUAUUUAGAUGUAAGACAACCAAAGACAAGACUCAAGUUACCCCUAAGUUACCAUAGACAUAGAUAUUAACAUUUAAGGACCAGUGAACAUAUGUGAUUUAUUAGGCCUAAGUUAUAUCAGAAAAACAAAAAAAUAUACAUCUCAAUGUACAAAAUAUGACAUUGUUACCGAUAUUGUUUGUAUUAAGUAAGAAAUGCAUUUUUAUUAGAGGACUAACAAAUAUAUAGAGAACUUAUUGAUAACGAAUUAUGUGAUUGUAACUUUAAUACACGAACCGUAACAUACGGAUAGGACACGUUUACUGUUAAGGAUAAAAAAAAUAUUAAAAAUUAUUUAUUUCAAAAUAAAAACAUUACAUGUAAA